AUGGAUAUGGUCCGCGUGGGGUUCUGCAGCAAGGCGAGCGAUCUGGCAGUCCUGACCGGCACCCAGGUGGCCACUCUCACCUUCUCGCCCGGCGGCAAUGCCUUCUCCUUCGGCCACCCCUCCGUCGACACCGUCGUGGAACGCUUCCUGGUGGGGGAGGGUGCGGGGGCUGGCACGAGGGAGGAGGGUGCUGUCAGGGAAGAUCAGAAGAUGAAGAAGCUGCACCAGGAGUUCGAUGAGCUUCGCAUGGACCUGUUCGAGGGGAAGAAGCGAACCAGGCAUGAGGAGGACACAGCGAAGGAGCGUGACAUGGGGGAGCCGACAGCAACUUGGGUUGAGCCAAAUGUGCGCGCCAUGGGGGACGAUGACUUGGUGGCCUUCUUUGCCGCACCGAUGCAGGUGAAGGACAUCGUCUCCGAAUGCGCCGCAUGGAGGAGGUGGCCCCGCCGCUGUCGCUGCAGCUCUUCGGUGGCACAGCAGAUGUUGAUGGAGCUUCCUCUGGCACAGGCUGUGACCGCCGGGAUGGAUAUGCAGGUGAUGCCUCCACCGUUGGUGUUCGCCGCGGGGAUGGAUAUGGAGGAGAUGCAGAUGUUGAUUCCUCAGCCGCCAGGGUUCGACGACGAGAUGGGGAUGCCUCCGUCACUAGAGAUACAUGUUGGGCUGGAAACGAACGCUGGCUUCCCGUUCCCGUAUUUUGAAGAUGAGCUCCAAACCCCUGUUGAUCCGUUCAAGUGA